CUUACGUUAUCCUUUAAGCUUUCUUCAGCACCACCAACAAUAAUUUUAUACUUGAUUAGGAUUUAGUCCGAAUUCCCGGCUCCUUGGGGGGAUUAGUCCUACAUAUAAGUCUACCAGCAGGUGUAAACAGGCAGCGCAACCGCUUAAGUGCAGGCAUCUAUUAUUGAGCGAAAGGCCGAGCGUGGAAAUGCGGGUAAUACGGUGGAUUUGAACUAGAUUUGGUUUCAAUCGAUCAUCGUAGAAGAAUAUUGCUGAUGGUACCUAACGAAGCAGUUAUGGCUUUCCCUCAGUUUGGAUAUCCUUACAAUGCAACUUCUCAGUUUUUCGUGUCGCCAAAGCCCACUACGACUUGCUGCAAUUCGAUUUCCAGGUCGGUUUCGGACGGUUGUAACGCGCUCCAGACUGCAGCCUCCUUCUGCUGUGCCUCACACGAGAAGCGGACGGAGCUCACGGCGGCUCUCGGGAUGUACAGUUCUCCGUACAGCGCGGCCGCGGCCGGCCAGGGCUACGCCAGCUACCUCCCGUACAGCACCGACCCACCCGCUAUAUACUCGACGCUGACUCCCCAGUAUGAGGUUAAGGAGGGGACAAGGAGCCUUCACAGUGGGUUAGCCCAACACCACGCGUACUAUCAAUACGACCAUUCACUGAGCCAGUACCAGUAUGACAGGUAUGGGACUGUGGACUUUAACAGCACAGCCAGGAGGAAGAACGCCACUCGAGAGACUACAAGCACUCUCAAAACGUGGCUUUACGAGCACCGGAAAAAUCCGUACCCCACCAAGGGCGAAAAGAUCAUGCUGGCCAUCAUCACCAAAAUGACCCUCACGCAAGUGUCCACCUGGUUCGCCAACGCCAGGAGGAGGCUAAAGAAGGAGAACAAGAUGACCUGGACACCCAAGAGCAAGGCUGGAGAUGACAAGAAGGAGAACUUGGAUAAGACAGACCAGGAGUGCGUCACCAAAGAUUGCAAAGAGGACCUGCACCUCAGUGACUUGGAUGACAUUGAGGACGAGGACGAGGACUGUGACAAACUGGACAUGGAGUGCGAGAAACGCGGACAGGACACACCAACUCUCAACCCGCCUCUCCUGUCCACAUCCAGCCCUGUGAAGAAGGACUGCGAGCUGCCCAUCUCUACCAACUACCCCGCUUUCCCCCAUGGCCUGAAACACAUGCCGUCUGUCACGCCCGGCUGCGUGGACCCCCUGGGCCCCAAGCGGUGCCUGUCACGGCCUCCCGUUUUGCCUGCCUCUGUCUGCCCUGCUCCCCUCUCCCACUUCCAGGGGUCGGAGCACAAGCCGCGGAUCUGGUCCCUAGCCCGGACCGCUUCUGAUGCCGGGACGGUGUCAGGAAGUCAGCCCGGGAUGGAGUUAAGGACCGGGGGCAGAGCCAGGAACUGUCAGGUACAGGCGGCCCGGACGCUGGGAGGUGGCGGGCAAUGCAGGGGCGCCAAGGGCCUCCAGGAGCCCACAAACGUGGGCCACACAGAGAGCCUGAUGGAAGAGGAGGUGCAGGAGUGGAGUAAGGUGUACAGCAUGGCUGGAUACAGAGAACUACAACUCUAUUGCUCCUCCCACCAGGCUGUGACCGGAUCAUGCCAGUAUUCCAACAUGGAAGGGUUUUGCUGUGGAGGGACGUCUGAAGCAGAGUCUCCUGUGCUUGGUGACACAUGUGUAACACUGCAGGAUUCCAAGGCAACCACUGUCAGACCAGUGAUGAAGAGAUGAAGUAGGAUGACGAAGGCGCUACCAUUAAGCACUGGGACGUGCAACUUCAAUUAUGCACUAGAGACCUGAAAUGAAGAACAAAGCUCGUGGCAGCUGAAACUCGGGAUCUGAGCGCGGGACCGGGCGCUCAGAUGGAACUGUGAAAUCCGAGGUAGCCAUAAUUUUGCACAAAUCUGAUUUCGAAGGUGUUGAUGACUUUAUGCAACGUUUUAAAAAUGCAACUGUUAUGAAAAAAAAACUGUGCGUACUUUCUGAUGUCUGCAAUGGCAAUCGUAGUUUAGUAGUCUUACUUAUCUAUUUAUUGCUUAAUUAUUAAUUUACUAUUUAUUUGGUGCCAUGCGUCUUCUCGGUGUUUUGUUGUGUAGAUUAUUUCCUGUGGUCACGUGCUGAAUGUUCCCUGUGUUUUGGUUUCUGGGGGACAGAUGUAAAUCUUAUCGUUAGUGUUUUGUUUGCUUAUUAACUCAGUAAGAUGAAAACUGGAGCCUGGAGUGUAUUCUCAAGGAAAAAAAAACAAAAAACAUCGUGAAUGGGCCUAUCCGUGUUCCGUGUUUGCCAUUUCUAAACUAUUUUAUAAGAAUGCAUUUUUCAAAGAC